AUGGCAGAAGCUUCUGUUCCUCAAGAUCUUUCGUCUUAUGAGUACGAACCUUCCUGUCCUUUGCCCAGUGGAAGAGAAGCCAGGGACCACGUUAUAAGCAAAGGACCUUGCCAGCCAAGAGAUAUAAAUUUUCCUUUGGAUAACCGGAAUCGUAAGUUUCUAGUAUCGUGGUAUGAGAAAUUUCCUUGGUUAGAGUAUUCUGUCUCGUUGGAUAAAGCUUUUUGUUUCGUCUGCAGAGUGUUCAACGCACAGGUGAGUUAAUUGUGUGAUUUGCGCUUUAAUUAUUUUCCUAAGUUAGUCCUAACCUUGUUAAGUUGUUUACACUUAAUGCGUACCGUUUAAUUUGCAAUUAUACAUGGACCUGGUAGUGUUUAAUUAUAUAUCAAAAUGCGAUGUGUAAUACUCAAUACUGUUGUUUUAAAUAAUUACUUAUUAUCGCAAAAGUAUGAAAAGUUCCACAAACAAACUAUAAUUCAUCCUCUCUGUAUCGUCAAAUAGUUGAUAUGUAUUAUAAAAAUACAAGAAACGCUUCUUAUAUUAUGACAACGUAAAACAAUGACAUUUGUCUUCUUUGCAUGCAGACGUCGUCAAGGAGUGAACCUACCUUCAUCAAAACUGGUUUUAGUAACUGGAAAAAGAGCGAAGUCUUCGCAAAGCACGAGAAGUCAGAUUGCCACAAGCAUUCACUUCAAGCUCAUCGUCACUGGAAAUCCCAGAAGCCAAUACAUCAUCAAAUAGACGAAGAAAAUGAGAGACAAGAGUCAUAUCGUCAACAAAAUGUACGUAUUGCCAUUUGCCAAAUAUAUAUAACUUUGACAGGCCAUCUGUGCACAACAUUACAGACGAAGUAAGCGUGUGAAAACGCCAGUUUUGCAUAAAAAUGUCGGUGAUAUGGUGGUAAUCCUGGUAAUACGUUUAUUCCUAAGAAACAAUUGAGUGACGCGUAUAAAGUUAACACAGUUAGGAUUUUUUAAAAAUUGUAUCCUUUUAUUUUCAGGUAAAAAAGAACCGAACUGUAAUUGGUAAGAUCAUUGAUGUUGUUCGACUUCUUGGAAAACUGAAUUUACCAUUUAGGGGACACCGCGAGGAUAAGAAUUCUUUAAACAAAGGGGUGUUUAAAGAAUUUCUUGAACAUAUAGCAAAGUCUGAUUCUCUUAUUGAAGAUCAUUUACGAAAUUCUGCAGGUAACUAUAUCAUUCACUGGUUCAGUAACGUUAAGGUUACUACGAAUUUUCGGUGGAAUAUAGCUAGGGAUAUAUGAAACUGCAUGAUAAUAGAAUGGAAUAAGGAAUAAUAAAGAUAAACUGAAGUCGUAAUUAUGAUAAUUCUGUAAUUAUUUCUUUUUAUCGAUUUCAGAAAACGCUAAAUACACUAGCCCUGAGAUCCAAAAUCAGUUGAUCAAGGUGGUUGGUUCAGCUAUAUUAGACGAAAUCAUACGUCGUGUCAAAGGAGCCGAGAUGUAUGCAAUCAUUGCAGAUGAGACACCAGAUCUUAGUAAAACGGAACAGUUAGCUGUACUUGUUCGCUAUGUCUGGAAUGGAGUGAUAGAAGAACGUCUUUUAGCUGUAGAACCUAUGGAAGAAACCACAGCUGAAGCGCUUUUCCAUACCAUCCGAGAGAAAUUACAACAGUGUGGGAUAGAAUUUUCAAACAUGCGUGGACAAUGUUAUGAUGGUGCAAGUAACGUGUCUGGAAUCCAUACCGGACUGCAAGCACGCAUCAAAGAGAUUUCCCCGUCAGCAAUUUACACACAUUGCUAUGCUCAUGUUUUAAAUCUGGUCAUCGUGGACACAAUGAGUAACAAUAGUAUAGCAAGAGAUUUCUUUGGAACGUUGCAAAAUCUAUACGUGUUCAUCGAAACUUGCACAAAACGACAUGCUGUGUACUUGAAACACCAGAGAAAGUUGAAUGCGUCAGAUGAUGAAGGAAAAAAGAAGCGUGAGUACGUUCUGAAGAAAUUGUCUGAUACAAGAUGGGCAUGUCGGGCGGACAGCAUCACCGCAAUUUACCACACACUCGAAGCUGUCAUCGCGACUCUAAAAGAGAUCAGAGAAAAUGAAAAGAAGGCUCACAUUGCAGCAGAAGCAAAGGGGUUGUUUCAGAACGUCUGUGAUUUUGAAUUUGUUUUGGCUUUGGAGGUACUGUUUUGAUGACAAACGUACCGUGAUUUAUAUUUCAUUCAUUUUUAUUUUUAAUGAAAAUUUAAUGAUGUGAGUUGAUCAUUUUUAUUAAGGUGCUGAAGAAAGUCCUGCUACUCAGUAAGGGAGUGUCAGAUAAGCUGCAGUCAGAGGACUUGGAUGUCGUCACCGGCUGCGAAAGAGUUGCUGAUCUGCUAAGCACAGUACAGGCUCUACGAUGCGAGCCCAAAUUUGAGGAAUUUUGGGAAACUACUGUUACAAAAUGUCGCAGCUUGAAUAUCGAAGAACCAAGACAAGAGCGUACCCACAAACUUCCUAGGAGGAUCGACGAUAAUCCUGACACAGCAGUCCAUCUUACGUCGAAAGACAAGUUUAGAAUUUCCUUUUACUAUAAUGUAGGUUAUAUGAAUAAUGAAUUGUUCUGGAAACAUGCAUUCCAAUCGCUUAUAAAAAUAUUUACAGCUAUGUAUUUUUCGAAAUCUAGGUACUUGAUCUUAUGGUUAGCUCCAUUGAAAGUCGAUUUGACAAGAAUAACGCACCAGUUUUGAUGGGUCUCGGAUACUUAAAUCCUUCUCGAAUAGGCAAUCCAGAAGCUUGGAAACAUAUUUCUGUCGCGGCCCAAUGGUUCCAAUGCGAUCUUGAUGUUGAUGAAGUAGAGAGCGAAAUAUUUUCCCUACAGACAUCGUCGCUGCUUGCUAACAUCCUCGAGAAGGCAAAAUUAGAGAAGAGAAAAGCCAGUUUCGACGACCUGUUCAAAGCAUUGCAAGCUGAACCCGAAUGCUAUGGAAAUUUAACAAAGCUGAUGAAAAUUGCUUUGACACUGCCCCUCACAUCAACAAGUGCCGAAAGGACAUUUUCGAAGCUAAAGUUGAUAAAGUCUCGACUUAGGACAACCAUGCAGCAGGAAAGACUGAAUAGUCUGAUGCUGAUGUCCAUCGAAGACGACUUGUUGGAGCAACUUGAUGUGGACAAUCUUGUCCAAUUGUUCGUAGACAUGGCCCCAAGAAGAAUGGGUUUAGUUUAGAUUUUAAAUUAAACAUUUACUCUCAACUAUUGCUCUAUUCUUUCAAAUAUUUAAAUUUACACUUUAUCAGACUCUGAGUCCCCAUUUCUUUUAAAAAGCAUUGUAGAAACGAACAGUGUCUCACUGUCGAAUAAAAGAACUUCGCAUUAUUUGAACUCAAAAUGUCCAACUAAUGUUCGUUUAAGCCUUUUUACACACUUCUCUAGGGAUAAAGGGGUCAUAAAGUGAAAAGAAUAACCCAACUUCAGUUCUGCAGUAUAGAUGGCUUUGACAAUUUAUUACAUUUGGGAGAAAAGAAGAUUGGUACAUUUGUGAAAUCAAGGAAAAUCAUGUCUUUUAUGCAAUAUAUAAUCCUCAGAAUGCCAACUUUAUUCUGCAAAAUCUCACCCGGAAAAUGCAGGAAAUCGCAUUUGCGGGAGUCUAGAUUUCAAAAUUUUCCAGGGGGGCAUGCCCCCGGACCCCCCUAGAAUGGCUCACACCUUCGGCGUUCGGAUCUCGCCCCCCCCAAAACUUUGACUCUGGCUACGCCACUGAUUAAAAUGACUAAAAAUGACUGAGCAACAAUCUAAUAAGACUUUAGCUUAAGAACUCCCUCUAUUUCAUUAAAUACUCUACCUUAUUGCAUUAAACUUUGGGAAUACUAAACCCAUACAGUACAUGCGAAUUAUGAACAAUGUUAAACUAAGGCAUUAUUCUCAAUAUGUGGCCAUUAAGUACUGUUCACAGGGAAUCCUUCAGUAAAAACUUCAUUAUCGAGCCCCACGAACUUGACAAGACAUUGUGAUACACACAUGAAACUCAUUUGGGAAACACACAAAGCAUAUGCAAUUAUUUUCAGUAUUUUUCAACAUAAAGCCCCCUGAACUCGACGAGACAUUCUGAUACACACAUGAAACUCUUUCGGCAAACACACUAAGCAUAUCCAAUUAUUUUCAGCGGUAGAACAGCAUGCAUAUAGCUAAAGUACAACAAAAUUAGGUACCCUGUUGGGGCAGAAAACCUGUUAAUAUGACUAAAAAUGACUGAAGCAACAAUCCAAUAAGACUUUAGCUUAAGAACUCCCUCUAUUUCAUUAAACAAUGUACCAUAUUGCAUUAAACUUUGGGAACACUAAACCCAUACAGUAGAUGCAGAAUUGUAAACAAUGUUAAACUAAGGCAUUAUUAUCAAUAUGUGGCCAUUAACUCCUGUUUUCACAGGGAAUCCUUCAGUAAAAUCUUCAUUAUUGACUCUGAUAAACAACAUAAAACUCCCUGAACUCAACGAGACAUUGUGUUACACACAUGAAACUCAUUUGGCAAACACACCAAGCAUAUGCCAUUAUUUUCAGGGGUAGAACAGCCAUUUAGCUAAAGUACAACAAAAGUUAGGGGCAGAAAACCUAUUAAUAUGACUAUAAAUGACUGAAGCAAUAACCCAAUAAGACUUUAUUUAGCUUAAGUACUCCCUCUACUUCAUUAAAUACUGUAUGUAUAGCUAUUACAUUAAACUUUGGGAACACUAAACCCAUACAUGCAGAAUUGUGAACAAUUUAAACUAAGGUAUUAUUCUCAAUAUGUGGCCAUUAACUCCUGUUUUCACAGGGAAUCCGUCAGUAAAAACUUAAUUAUUGAGCCUCCCGAACUUGACGAGACAUUGUGA